AUGUAUUUAGAAGCAAAUACGUCACAAUCGAGUAAACCGAGUUCGCAUUGUGACGUCAUCAAGCAUGUUGUGUACAUCAAGACCCAUAAGACUGGAUCCACCACGCUUGAAACUCUCUUCAACCGGUUUGGCUUCUACCAUAAUUCAUCUUUUAUCUUCAAUAAAAAUGGAGUUUUGGGGCAUUUCGAAUCAAUGGACUUACGAAAAGCUGACGUGGUCAAGAAAUUGCUCCCACCUCUCGGAGUAAAAGAAGGAGACUACGCGAGAUAUAAGAAUUACGACACAAGUGCGAUUCACGUACGAUUUUACCGCGAUGUCUUGGAUCGGUUCAUGGCCAAUGGCACGCGUUAUGUUUCGAGCGUUCGCGAUCCCGCCGACCAAUGGGUGUCAGCAUAUUAUCAUUUUAAUUUCAGAAAACCAAUAUCUGACUUCGCCAAAGAUCGUUUCAAGAUGAUUACAGUAAAUGGUUCCUUGAAAUUGACGUUUGAUAAGAAUAAUUCUACUCUCGAUGCAAUGAACGAAUUUCUCCGACAGCCGGAAAUAUACAUUAAUGCGCUGAAAAAGAGAGGGGACGUGAUUUGGCAUUUCGCGCACAACAGCCAAACUUUUGAUCUAAGCACCGAUCUGAAUUUGAUGCAGCGGGACAACAAAACGCUUGUUAAUAGGACACUCGAUCGACUAGUCGACGAACUGGACUUCGUUAUCGUGAACGAAUACUUCGACGAAUCCUUGCUCGUCAUGAAGAAAGCAUUUUGCUGGGAUUUCACCGAUAUUUUGUACACUUCACAAAAUAGGCGAAAGAAAAAAGACACGCUGCCGGAGGAAACGCAGGCUAAGAUCCGCGCGUUUAACCGAGCAGAUACACUCCUUCAUCGGCGCUUCAAUGAAUCUCUGUGGAAAAAGAUCGAGGCUUAUGGACCGGAUUUCAAGAAAGACUUGGACCAUUUCAGACAAAUGUUGAUUGAAGUCAGGUCAGAGUGUUCUGACAAAGGCAAGAUCAAACGAGAUGGAUUUAAUUCCAAAAUAUUAAAUAAAUUAGCCAAAAGGGAUGCGACCCUGUUUUGUAACAUGAUGAGAGACAAUAUUUUUGGCUCAUUCGGGCGAGUCUUUCAUCGACAGAAAAAACAGAUUCUUGCUCCUUAACACAAAGGUAAGUGAUAAAUCACUAAUUUGAAAGAAUUCCGAUCGGUUCCUCGUCAGUCUACUGAGCAAAAUACGCAUGCGCAACGACGAUCUUCCGUUUCAUUUAGCGAUUUAUCGCAGACUAACCUUAUAGUCCGUUCAAUAUUGUGGACAUUGAUCUGUAAGCAAUGGCAAGGGUUUGCAACGCGGACGCCGAGGAUGCCGGCGAGGAUGUCAGUCAAGGGCCCCAUUGCAUAAAAGUUAGUAUUAAAGUAACAUUGCCAUUUAAUGCUAACUACCAUGGUAACAAUGCCAAUCAGCCAAUCUGAAUCAAGGAUUUCAGGGAAGUCACCAUUGGAUAAUAAAGUUAUUAUUAUAUUAAGUCUAAUGCAACGGGGCCUGGGCGGCGAGGAUAUUAUACA